AUGUUGUUCAACAACAUUCGAACGAGGAAAAGAGAGGUUGACGUCGUAGAGCGACAUUCAUUGAUAUUGAUCAUUUUUGUUUUCUACUUAUUUCAACAUGUACAAACUCAAUCGUUAGGCAAACCCCUGAAACAAUUAGACAAACUCGGCCAAACCCACAUAAAACGGUCUAACAAAGAUAUACCACACGUAUACUCGUCAUCAAAUGCAAACAAUUUUUUGUCAUACGAUAAAUGCAUUCAACGGAUGAAAUGUCCGUCCAGUCGUAAAGAAGAAUGCGAUGAAGAAUGUCGCGCAGGUAAUACUGAAGAAGAAAUCGAAGAACAUAUCGAGUUAACGCGAUCGGAACAUCGUAACGCGCUGCGUCAGAAGCCGAAAGCACGAUUCGAAGAUGAACAAUUAGCAGACAAAAGAGAUCUGUGA